AGGCGGCCGUAAUACUAAAGAGUAAAAGACCAUAAAUGCACUAGAACUUCAACUACUCUAGACUUGCCUCGGCAUGUCCACACCACACUCCAUGCAAAUGCACAACAUACCCUCCGCCGGAAAUCCCAACCAGCAUCCAUGGCUUCCACUUUCCACCCUCUUUUUAUCUUUCUCCUACUCCUCCCUCUCUCCGCCACUGCCAGCCUCCACAAAUCUAAAACCCUGCUCAUAUCAAGUCUCCUUUCCUCCACCGCUACAUGCCACCUCAAUGACACCCCACCAACCACCUACUUCGAAUUCGAAGUCACCAAACCCAUCAGACUUCCCAAGACCCAACCUUGCGUCUAUCCCAUUCUCCACCAUGAUUUCGGCUAUACACAUGGGAAACCCCCAGUUCUAGCAAACUACACCCCACCUUGUCACUGCCCAUCUCACGAUUUCUCUAAAAUUGUUCUCGAAUGGAAUGCCAACUGCAAAGGAAGGCAAUUUGAUCGGAUUUUUGGGAUCUGGCUAGAUAGGGUCGAGCUUCUUAGGAGCUGCACUGCAGAGCCAAGAGCUACUGGGAUUGUGUGGAGUGUCAAGAAGGACAUAACAAGAAUUCCACAGAUACUUGAGGGGAAGGAAAUCAAAAUUCCUCAAAAUGUGUUUAGGGCCGUGUUAGAGGUGUAUGUGUCAUUCGAUGAGAGUGAUGAGUUUUGGUACGGAAAUCCGCCAAAUGACUAUCUUUUGGCCAAUAAUCUUACUGACACAGCAGGAAAUGGGCCUUUCAGGGAAGUUGGGGUUACUCUUGAUGGAAAUGUGAUUGGGAAUAUGUUGGAUGGUAAAACACAUACAUUGCAGUUCCGCGUUACAAAUGCUUUGAAUGUGUGGUAUAUUGACGCCAAUUUGCAUCACUGGUUGGAUGGAAAGAACACAAAUACUGAAGGGAAGCUUCUUCAGCAUCAGGUUAUGCCUCUUGGUAUUUCCUCUUCAUCAGAUUUCAAGGGUUUAAAUGGAACUUUCUUGACAAAGCAAACAGGUCCAUAUCCUCAACUGAUGGUGAAUGAGGAGAUCCAUUUUGAUGACAGUGUUCAGGUCAAGAAGGCAUACACUUUCUCCAAGGCAAAGAAAUCAUGUAAGAGGUUUCUUAUCGACUUAUACUCCAACAAUAUGGAUCAAGGAAAUAGAACUUAUUUAUCUAUAGCUAAUGUUACGCUGGGAUUUAAUGAAAAGAAGUUUGGAGUUAGAGGUGCUGGUUACAAAAUGCCUGUCAGUUCUCUCGAAAAUUUGCAGAAUGGGCAGGGCAUCAUGGUUGUUAAGAACAACUUGGUUGUCAAUGGAGUCGGGCAACAAAAGUACAAGUAUGAAGGCAAUAAAUUUUGCUACUGUAGGAACAUUAGCAGUUCAAACUACACCAUUCUUAAUGAUGAAGUUGGAAAUGCAUGCAACAGAAGCACAGGAUCCAGUUUUGGUUUUGGGUUUAGCAGCAGAUGGAUAACUUCGUCCUAGUUAACGGUGAGAGUGGUAAGCUAUUUGACCAUGCAUUCUUUAUCGUGGCUUUUGGUGAUGGAAUGAAGAUACAAUUAUGUUUACAAAUCUGGCUUCUUUUGUUUUGUAAAUUGCAAUACCAUCCUUCUAGCUUCGACUUUGCAGUAAACCUGAAAUGCAGAAUAAGAUAAGGCCUGUUAU